UUUUUUUCUUUUCAUCUUUUAGUGUUUUUUUUAUUUGAAAAAAAAAAAAGGAUCAAGCGUAUACCCUUCACACAUACACACCUGUACGUUUUAAUAUCCACCAUGGCUGAAAAAGACGAAAAAACUUUAGAGGAAAUCACAGACGAUGCCUCGAGUUACACAUCAACCGAAUCUACAAAGAGUCACACUUUACAACGUGGUCUCAAAGCUCGACAUAUUCAAAUGAUUGCGUUGGGCGGUACCAUUGGUACUGGCUUAUUCAUGUCUUCGGGAUCAGCUAUUGCAACAGGUGGUCCUGGUGGAGCGCUGGUAGCGUAUGCACUAACUGGUGUUCUUGUUUUUUGCGUUAUGAUGAGUUUGGGAGAGAUGUCAGCUCUAAUUCCUGUAGCUGGUUCAUUCUCUCAUUUCGCUUAUCGAUUUGCCGAUCCUUCACUUGGAUUUAUGCUUGGUUGGGUUUACUGGGCUAACUGGGCCGUGGGUGUUGCUGCAGAACUAACGGGUGUGUCUCUAAUCAUGGAGUACUGGAUCACCAGCGUAAAUAGCGUUGUCUGGGCAGUCAUUUGUCUCGUGAUUCUUGUUGCCUUGAACGUCUUUUCGGUCAAGGGGUACGGUGAAGUGGAAUACUGGAUUUCAUUUAUAAAAAUCAUUGUCGUUGUCAUCUUUCUGAUUGUCGGUUUUUGUGUAGACACGGGUGUAGCGGGUGGCAUCAACUAUGGUGUUUCAAACUUUCAUCUGCCAGGCGGUGCUUUCCCUCAAGGAUUUUUAGGUGUCUUUAACGUAUUUAUCAAUGCUGCUUAUUCCUUUAAUGGUGUAGAAAUUGUGGGUAUUACUGCAGGAGAAUCAGCUAAUCCACAUAAAACAGUACCUACAGCUGUCAAGCAAGUGUUCUAUCGUAUCAUAUUAUUCUAUAUUCUUUCGAUGCUUGUUAUUGGUCUUGUGAUACCUUACACAGAUCCUAACCUUUUAAAUGGUAGUAGUGAUAUUUCGAUCUCUCCCUUUACACUUGUCUUUCAAAAGUCUGGUGCAGCUUGGGCCGCUGAUAUGAUGAAUGCCAUUAUUUUGAUCACCAUGAUCUCUGCUGGUAAUUCAGGUGUUUACUCCUCUUCCCGUACACUUAUGGGAUUAGCCAAUGAUGGGUUUGCUCCCAAACUAUUUAGCAGAGUGACUCGCACAGGUAUCCCACUUUGGUCCGUCCUGGCCACUUGUCUUGUUGGUUGCAUUACUUUUGUAACUUCCCUGUUUGGAGCGGGUGUUGUAUUUAACUGGUUGGUAAAUUUAACGUCUCUUGCAGGCUUGAUUACGUGGGUCUGUAUAUCGAUCACGCAUCUUCGAUUCCGACAGGGUUAUGUAGCUCAAGGUCGAUCAUUGAGUGCACUUCCUUACCUGGCUCCUUUCUUUCCAUGGGGGGAUUGGAUUGUGAUUGUUGCUGGUACCGUCAUUAUCUUUGGACAAGGCUAUCACACAUUUUUGGCUCCCAUUGUUGCUCAAGAUGUGAUUAGCAGUUAUAUUGGAUUAUUUUUGGCCGUGGUGCUGUAUGUUGUGCACCGAGUUUGGAAACGACCAGCACUGGUCAAGAAUAUGGAGAUGGAUUUUGAGUCGGGUACAUUCCAGACGCUGGAUGUCCGUCCUGAAGAUGAAGGAGAGCGUACCUUGUGGAAACGUGUUUGGAAAAAGGUUCUGGAAUACAUUGCAUAAAUCAAUUGUUUUUAGGCUAUGAAAAAUAAACUUUUUUUCUUGUAAAUAAAAUGUAACCUAGCGUGAGACCUCACUGUC